AUGCAAGGCGACAUCUUCUACCUGGACCAACUGGCCACCCCCGCGCAGGUGGUCACCAGCGUCCCCGUCCCGGCCUCAUCCUCCCACAGCUACGGCAACAAGUCCGCUGCCGUCUCCCUGAACCCGGAUCAGGACACCAGCACGCCCGCCAUCUACAACGAAGACGACCUCUCGCAUCUGCUCUACGUACACAGCCACCUGCCGCACACGCACACGCACCACUCCCACCAUAACUAUGCCCUCGUCCACCCCCACCCCGCCGACGAGCAGGGCAAGGUCCCCCUCAACGACCUCGCCUGCCCUCCCUUCACGUCUCCCUUCUCGCCGCUGUCUAUGUCUAGCAGCGACGAGCCGCCCUCUCUGAGCGACUGCGACGGUGAAUCAGACGACGAAAGCAUCACCACCCCGCAGCCGCAGCCGCAGCCGCAACCCCUGGUCCUGAACUUACCCUCCACGGACGAAAUGGAAGCCUACCACGCCAAGGGCCGGCGCAACGCGUUUGCGUUCGAGGACGGGUUCGAGUUUCCCGUGUUCUUGGGCCGGCAGGCUGAAUAUGAAGAGGAGGAAGCGUUUGAGUUUGCCGUCGCUGAUGUGCCGGAGCUGGUGGCGUCGGCGGCGAAACCGAGAGAUGCGUGUGUUCUUGUGACGGAGGUUGAGAUUGUGAGUGAGGUGAGGCAUGUCGAUGCGAUUGCGGGCGCGGCGAUGAGCUGGUGGCCUGCGCCUGUGGAUGUGGAGGUGGUCGGGAUGGGGUUUGAGCUGGAAAAAGAGAGGGCGGCUGAGGUGAAGCCUGUCGACGACAUCUCGGGCCCGAUGAUGAGCUGGUGGCCGGAGGUGUCUGGUAUGAUGCUUCAUCAGUGGGAUGAGCGGUUCUAUGAAUGA